ACACGGCCCCUCAAAACCAUCUGUAACUCCAGGUCCAGGUGAUCCAAAGCCCUCUUCUGGCAUGCAAGUAGAACACAGACAUGCAUGCAUGUAAACAAUCAUCCACAUAAAAUAUAACAAUAAAAUAAGAUCGAUUUAAACUGAAGCCAGGCAGGGUGACAAAUGCUUGUAAUCCCAGCACUGGAUGAGGCUGAUGUAGGAGGAGUCACAGGUUCAGAGCUACUGUUUUGGCUAGGGUGUUUGGUUGGUUGGUUUUGGUGUUUGAGAGGAGGGUAUCCUUUCUCAGGCUGGCCUUAUUCACAGUGUAGAACAAGGAUGGCAGUAGAUAUGCCAGAGUGUUCGGUGAAAAGCCCACAAGGAAUGCUGAGAGCAGGAGAAUAGAAUUCCCCAGCGAGAGCACACCCAUUAGUUAUCCAGUACCAAGAGGCCAGCCCUGAAAACAUACACACAAGUAACAUGCAGACUGGGGCCGGUUAUUUGAAAUCAUCAAAGAGGGGUAUAUACAUGGGAGGGGGUUUGGAGGGAAGAAGGGGAGAAAUGUCACAAUUAUUAUACUCUGAAAAAUGAAUAAUAGCGUAGAAGAGGAAGAAAUCACUGUGUCGCUGCGAUGACUUUGGCCUGUUGAUUUUUCCUGUCUCUAACAGCCCAGUGCUGGUAUUCCAGCCGGGCCCCUCAGAUGAGGGCUGCUCCCAGACAAGCACCUGCAGCUCAUCCUCCAGCAGCAGCCGCCCCGUCUGCAGUUGGCUCACCUGCCGCCGCCCCCAGGCAGCCAGGCCUGAUGGCCCAGAUGGCCACCACUGCAGCUGGUGUGGCUUUGGGCUCCGCAGUGGGGCACACCCUGGGUCAUGCCAUCACCGGGGGCUUCAGUGGAGGUGGUAAUGCUGAGCCCGCAAGGCCUGACAUCACUUACCAGGAGCCCCAGGGAACCCAGCUGGUGAACCAGCAGUCUUUUGGGCCUUGCUCUCUUGAUAUCAAACAGUUUCUGGAGUGUGCCCAGAACCAGAGUGACGUCAAGCUCUGCGAGAGCUUCAGUGAGGUUUUGCAGCAGUACAGAAUUGCAAAUGAGGGCCAUCCCCCAAUAAUGGAUCGUGUAGAGAAGAAGGUUAAGAAAAGAAGAUACAGUGAAGAUUUUUUACAGUACGGUUUUACCUCAAAAGUUACAGCAGGGAUUGAGAAGCCGCAGUGUGUUAUUUGUGGUGAUGUUCUCUCAGCGGAAUCGAUGAAGCCGAACAAAUUAAAGCGCCAUUUUGACAGCAAGCACCUGAGCUUUGCUGGCAAGGACGUCAGCUAUUUUAGAAGCAGAGCUGAUGAACUCAAGAGAGCCAGACCUGACACCGGUGGUGCCAAGUACCCCAGACAGAACGUAAUAGCCGUCGAAGCUUCCUAUUUGGUGGCACUCAGAAUCGCCAGGACUAUGAAACCUCACACCUUUGCGGAGGAUUUACUGUUGCCAGCGGCCAAAGACGGUGUUCGAGUUAUGAUUGGAGAUGAAUUUGUUACGCAGCUGAGUACGGUUUCCUUAUCUAACGACACUGUCCGCAGAAGAAUAGACGACAUGUCUGCCGACAUCCUCAAUCAGGUAAUCGAGGAAAUUAAAGCUGCUCCACUGCCAAUAUUUAGUAUCCAGCUCGAUGAAUCGACCGACGUGGCAAACUGUUCACAGUUACUGGUUUACGUGAGGUACAUUAAUGACGGCGACUUUAAAGACGAGUUCCUCUUUUGCAAACCCCUUGAAACGACAGCUACUGCGCAGGAUGUAUUUGACAAAGUCGGUUCAUUUCUGAAAGAGCACAAGCUCUCCUGGGAAAUGAUCGGUGGUGUUUGCACAGACGGUGCUCCGGCUCUGCUAGGAUGUCAGUCUGGAUUUCAACACUUGGUACUGAACGCGUCGCCCAGAGUCAUCGGAACUCACUGUAUGCUUCAUCUGCAAACGUUGGCGGUGAAGACGCUGCCCCAAGAGUUACAGGAAGUCAUGAAAAGAGUCGUAAGUUCGGUCAAUUUUGUAAAGUCGAGCCCUUUAAACAGUCGACUGUUUUCCCAGCUGUGCUUGGAUAUGCCAGACAAAGCUCUGCUAUUUCACACUGAAGGGAGAUGGUUGUCCAGAGGAACCGUUUUAAAACAUGUCUUUGAGCUUCGAGACGAACUCAGGAUGUUUUUCAGUCAGAAAGCAAGACCACAGUUCGAAGCACUUUUCAGCAAUAAAAGUGAAUUGCAGAAAAUAGCUUACUUGGUGGACAUCUUUGCCAUCCUCAAUGAGCUCAGUUUAUCACUGCGAGGCCCAAAUGCAACCUGCCUCGAUUUGUCCGAAAAGAUCCAGUCCUUCCAAAUGAAACUUCAGCUAUGGCAAAAAAAGCUGGAUGAAAAUAAGAUAUACAUGCUGCCUACCUUAUCUGCUUUCUUUGAGGAGCAUGACAUUGAACCCCCCAAAAGGAUCUCAAUGAUCAUUUCUGUGAAAGAACACUUGCACAUGCUUGCAGGAGAAAUUUCCUGGUACUUUCCAAACCUACCUGACAUCCCGUUUGCCCUUGCCAGGAGCCCAUUCACAGUCAGAGUGGAAGAUGUUCCCAAGACGGCCCAAGAGGAGUUCAUUGACCUUCUGAACAGUGACGCAGCGAGGAUUGAUUUCUCGACACUUCCAGUUACCCAGUUCUGGAUCAAGUGUUUGCAGCCCUACCCUGUUCUGUCCGAGACUGUGUUGCGCCUCCUCCUUCCAUUUCCCACUACGCAUCUCUGUGAAACGGGGUUUUCCAGCUUGUUAGUGAUCAAGUCUAAAUACAGAAGUAGACUCGCUGUGGAAAAUGAUCUUCGCUGUGCUCUGGCAAAGACCAUCCCCAGAAUUUCUGACCUAGUGAAAAAGAAGCAGUCUCAACCUUCACACUGAUAAUGGCUUUUAUAGAUACUGUCGCAAAAUGUAGCAACUUGUGGGUUGUUUUUUUGUUUUUUGUUGUUUUGUUUUUUUGAUUUUUGGAUUUUGUUGUUGUUGUUUGAGACAGGGUUUCUCUGUGUAACCCUGGCUGUCAUGGAACUCACUCUGUAGACCAAGCUCAGAGAGAUUCACCUGUCUCUACCUCCCAAGUGCUGAGAGUAAAGGCCUUCAUCGCCGCCACCACCCAGCUACUAUUAUUAUAUUAAGACUUACCCAUGCUACACCAUGCUUCAAGACAAUUUUAUUUAUUUGUAAUUAGAAAUAUUUCACAAUAUAUACAUACUGUUUUUUUUGGGAUUAAUCACUAUGCUUUAAUGCUACGCAAUUUUUACCAGUGAAAAUACAUCCUACAUAUCAGAUGUUUA